AUGGAGUAUUCUCUGCGCUUCUUUUCAUGGAGUUUAGUUUUAUGUGCUUUACUUGUAUAUCCAAGUGAAAACUCUCUAUGUUGGGGAUGUAAAGCAGAGGAGAGAGGAGCUCUCUUAGAGCUCAAAUCUUCCAUUGAAGAAUAUUGGAUUGAAUCUCCUCUCCUCCCAUCGUGGAGAAAUGAGAGUGACUGCUGCCAGUGGGAUAGAGUAAAGUGUGACAAUAUCACCAAGCAAGUGAUAGAACUUUCACUGUCGAAACUGUAUCUUAAUUCGACCAUAUUCUAUGAAGGCAGGGAGUGGAACUUGAAUUUCAGUCUGUUUAACUCCUUUAAACAACUUCGACGCCUCGAGCUGUCCGGUAAUCGAAUUAGUGGAAUACUGCCAUCUGAAGGGUUUUUAGGAAAUCUAUCUUCUCUUGAGAUUAUUGAUUUGGGAAUCAAUAGUAUGUGGGGGCCACUUCCAUUCCAAGUCUUUGGCAGAUUACAGAACCUAAAUGAGUUGAAUCUAGGAGGAAAUCAGUUCAAUGGAAGUCUUCCUCCAUCUCUGGGUUUCCUUCCAACGCUUAAACGCCUCGAUCUUUCCCUAAAUGAUUUUGAAGGAAAUAUUCCUCCAUUCUUCUUCGCCAAUCUCACUUCGCUCGAGUAUAUAGACCUUUCUUCCAACAUGUUUAAUGGACAUCUUUCAUUCAUCGCAUUUGCGAAUCAUUCCAAGCUUUCAGUCAUCAUCCUUUCAAGAAACAAUGGGUUAAUGGUAGAAACCGAAUAUCAGCGUUGGGUUCCACCAUUCCAGCUGAAACAGCUCAUGUUGCCGGAUUGCAACCUUAACAAGAACAUUCUUUCCACUCCCAAAUUUUUAUACUCACAGCAUGCAUUAGAAGCCAUCGAUCUGUCCCAUAACAAGUUGCUUGGAAAUUUCCCCAUUUGGUUGUUAGAAAACAAUACAAAAUUAUCAUACAUAAAUUUGAAAAACAACUCACUGAGUGGCAAGAUCCAUCUUCCAAUAGAUCCCAAAGCAAGCAUUCAUGCAGUCGAUGUAUCCACGAAUAACAUGACUGGACAAAUUCCCUCAAACAUCGGUCUGAUCCUUCCUCAUCUAAUUUUCUUGAAUUUUUCUAGAAAUGAUUUAAGCGGAAACAUCCCUUCCUCGAUAGGUUACAUCACUGGUUUGAAUGUGUUGGAUCUAUCCAAUAAUCACUUCUCCGGUGAAAUACCCCAUCAGCUGACCACAGGUUGCCUUCAAUUACAAGUCUUGAAGCUAUCAAAUAAUAAUCUUGAUGGAGAGAUGCUUCCUGGGAACCCCAACCUCUCUAUUCUAUGGUAUCUGUCUUUGGACGGUAACAAGUUCACAAGAACUAUUCCCGUCAGCUUGUCUUACAGUUCUUCCCUCCAGACCUUAGAUAUUCGAAAUAAUCAAUUAUCUGGAAAUCUUCCAGAAUCAUUUGGAAAUCUUUCCCAGUUGAACACACUUUUAGCAGGAGGAAAUCGUCUUGAAGGUCCAAUUCCAACUCAAUUGUGCAAUUUGAAGUGGCUUCAAAUAUUGGACCUCUCCCAUAACAGAUUUUCAGGGCAAAUUCCUUCUUGCUCUAGUUCACCGUGGUUGGAGUAUAUUAACUUGAAAGGCAAUGAUUUAACCGGAUCAAUCUCGAGCAUUCCUUUCAAUACCUCGACGUUGGUUGUACUGGAUGUUGGAAAUAAUCAUCUUUCUGGCAAGCUUCCAAGAUGGAUAGGAGAUCAAAAACUGCUCAGAAUUCUUCUCCUUGAAGGAAAUGAUUUCUAUGGUUCUAUUCCAUUGCAUUUAUGCAAGUUAAACAGUUUGCAGUUGCUAGAUCUUUCCAACAACAAGUUUUUUGGAACGGCGCCCCAUUGUUUCGACAAUACUACACUUGGGAAAGCAGAAUCGACCUUUGAUCAGUCAUUUUGGGUCACAGGAGUAUCAUGGUUCUCAUGGAGUGUUCCUAUUUCAGUGAACAAAGAUUUUUAUGUUGAGUUCGUUUCAGAAUCUGAGUUCCCAGAAGUAGAGUUUGUGACGAGUGGAAGUACGCAUCAAUAUGAAAAGCAGCAAUGGUACUCAACCAUCGGAAUGGAUCUUUCGGCAAAUGAGCUGACAGGCAACAUACCGCUGGAAAUGGGCAACUUUUCUCAGAUUCAAGUGUUGGAUAUGUCCAACAAUCACUUCACCGGUUCGAUUCCUGGAUCGUUUUCAAACCUAAAUCGAAUCGAAAGUUUGGAUUUGUCCCAUAAUGAACUGAGAGGAUCGAUCCCAUCGCAGCUGACCCAGCUUCCCUCUUUGGUUGAAUUCUCUGUGGCCCACAACAAUCUAUCUGGGAGGGUUCCAAAUUUCAAGACUCCGUUCAACGUGAGUAGCUAUGAAGGCAACAAUGGUCUUUGUGGCCCACCACUGAAGAAGCGAUGCACUUCCAAUUAG